UGCGAAUGCAACGUCGUCUCAGUAUAAAAAACUCUAAGCUUGUUUUAGAAUUAACGAGAUUGAAUAUCUCCUCAUAGAGCCUAUUAUUCGUGAAUUUUCAUUAGUUGUGCGCAAUGGACGUAGUCACUAUGUCUACAGUUAGCCCAGUUAGCACUGGUAAUGCUGAAACAGCUAACAGUAAGCGUCGAGAAAUGUUUAUGACGCAGCCUUCAACAACAACCAUUAAUCAGCAACAAGCGAUUUGUGUACGCAAGGCAUAUAAAAUUUACGGAAGUAAAAAAAAUCCAAAUUGUGUUUUGGAGGGCCUCAACAUGACGGUUCCAAAGGGAUCUAUAUAUGGUUUAUUGGGAUCUUCAGGAUGUGGAAAAACAACGCUUUUGUCAUGUAUAGUUGGUAGACGGCGUUUAAAUUCUGGCGAUAUUUGGGUACUUGGUGGAAGACCAGGAUCCCCGGGCUCCGGAGUACCUGGUCCAAGAAUUGGAUAUAUGCCACAAGAACUUGCUUUAUAUGGAGAAUUUACAAUGGCUGAAACAUUGAUUUACUUUGGUUUAAUAGCUGGAAUGUCACGCGCUGCUAUCGCGGAUAGAACAGAAUUUUUACUAAAACUUUUAAAUCUACCUUAUGGUUCAAAAUUUGUUAAAACAUUAAGUGGCGGUCAACAGCGUCGAGUAAGCUUAGCAACGGCUUUACUUCAAGAACCAGAGUUAUUAAUUUUAGAUGAACCUACUGUAGGUGUGGAUCCAGUAUUAAGACAGAACAUUUGGGAUCACCUUGUUAAUAUAACAAAAAAUGGAAACACAACUGUGAUAAUAACGACACAUUACAUUGAUGAGUGUUCUCAAGCUCAUUUAAUUGGGCUAUUGCGUGGUGGUAAGAUGCUUGCGGAGGAAGCACCAGAACUGUUAAGGCAACAACAUAAUGCUACCUCGUUAGAAGAAGUUUUCCUUAAGUUGGCAGUUAAACAGAAUAUGGGAAAAAGACGUCGAUCUUCGAUUGCUCAGGAUGUGAUGAAUCAAAUUUCUGCUACAGCUAUAACAAACCCCGCAUUUGAUAAUUCAGCUGAAAUAUCUGGUGAAUUUGGUGAUAAUAUAUCUAUGGCAUCCGCAACAAAAGAUCAUACAACUUCCGUUGUAGAUUCUACCGCUUCACAAACCGUAGCAAGAGACUCUCGUUCUUCAUUUUGUCAGAAUAUACUGGUUUUAAGUAAACACCAUUUACAUGCACUAAUGUGGAAAAAUUUCUUAUGGAUGAUGCGAAACGUGGGAGCAAUGACGUUCAUCAUUGGUUUGCCAGUUAUGCAAAUCAUACUUUUCUGUUAUGCUAUUGGUCAUGAUCCAGUAGGACUGAAAAUAGCUGUUUCGAACCAUGAAAUGUCAAAUGAAAUGAUAUUCCAACAAUCUUGUCCAAUAAUUGCCGGCUGUAAUCAUACCAUGCUUAGUUGUCGUUAUCUUGGGAUGUUAAUACAAAACAAAAGUAUGAAUGUGAAAUAUCUAAAUUCUGAUGAAGAAGCCAUUGAAGAGGUAAGGCGCGGUCGUGCUUGGGGUGUAUUAACUUUUUCCAAAAAUUAUUCCAUGGCUUUGGUAGAACGUAUCGAAAAUGGUCGAUACGCUGACAAUAUAACUAUUGAGAAUUCCAAUUUAGAUGUGCAAUUAGAUAUGUCAAAUCAACAAAUUUCUACUUUGCUGUACCGUGAUCUACAAUACUCAUUUUUCGAUUUUGUAGAAAAUAUUUUAGCUGAUUGCGAUUUAAAUCCACGCUUAGGUCGUGUUCCUGUUAAUUGGAAUGAUCCCAUAUAUGGAUUUUUAAAUCCCAACUUUACUGAUUUCGCUGCUCCUGGAGUUAUUUUAACUAUAAUUUUUUUCCUAUCCGUAGCAAUGACUUCAGGUGCUAUGUUGAUUGAACGCAAUGCUGGAAUGCUGGAGCGUUGUUUAGUAGCUGGAAUAACAGGUGUAGAAAUUUUAGUCUCUCAAGUAGUGACACAAUUUAUGGUUAUGUUAAGUCAAUGUACUUUUGUGUUAUUAGUAAGUUUUUAUUUCUUUGAAUUAACGGUUGUUGGAAACAUUUGGUUAGUAGUAGCGCUUUGUGUGCUCAGUGGCUUAUGCGGAAUGUCUUUUGGUUUUGUAAUUGCCUGCGCGGUGGAUACGGAAAGAACAGCAACUUAUGUAGCAAUGGGAUCCUUUCUGCCUAUAGUUAUGCUGUGCGGAAUCAUAUGGCCAAUUGAAGGAAUGUAUCCUUUAUUACAAUAUUUGACCGUCUUUUUACCAUUAACAAAACCAACUGAAUCAUUACGAUCCAUUUUACAACGUGGAUGGGGUUUAUUGAAUCCUGUCGUUUAUCAUGGUUUCUUAUCAAUAUCUGCAUGGGUUGCAGUAUUUUUAAUUUCAACGAUAUUUUUACUAAGAUUUAAGAAAGGCUGAGCUAUAAAAAUGUUGUUAAUAAUUAUUUGAAUAACUAUGAAAUAAGGUAAAAUGUA